AGAUAGCUAAACAAAACUCCAACUCCAAUUCUGAAAAAAAAUAAUUUUCCUCGCCAAACGGGAUAACAUCUCAUCUUGAUUUGAGUACAGAUUUCUUUCCAAAUCUUGAUUUUUUCAGUAAAUUCUACAAGUGGCUCUUAAAAUCUGGAAUUUUCUUUAAAUUUUUGUGUUGUAUAGCUCUGUAUAUUAGAAAAUUGUUAGUAAAUCAAGAAGUUUUGUACUAUAUUUCCUUUUGCUUGCUCUCGUUUUUUUUUUUUUCUCUUUGCGCUUGCAUGAGUAAUUGGGGUUAAGUGUCAUCAUUAAAAUUAUUUUUGGAGAAUAAGAGUAGCUGAUCUGAAUCUUGGGUUCAUUUGAGGUAUCAGUACAUUCAUUUGCCGCGUAAUGUUUUAAUUUAGAGGUGAUGUAAAGUCAGAGGUAAACUUAACUGUUCCCUGUCUGUGUUGCAUAACACUGAGAGAGGACUCUUUGAAUGACAAUGCUUGAGCUUUUUGAUUGUAGAACUGUUUUUUCCUCUUUAUCUCCUGUUAAGAGACAUAUAUUGCAAUAUAUAAAUCUUGACAAUGACUUGGCAUAAGUACAAUCAACGUAUGAUCGAUUUUGAAACGAAUGUAUGUUAUCCAUGUUGAUUGAGCUAGUGUUACCAGUGAGUUGGAGCAAAAGCUCUGCUGGUAAAAUGAAUAUGUUUUUGGAUAGUGCAUUUGCGACAGUUAGAGUUUAUUGUUGGUAACUUGGUACUUAGUUUGAAUCCUAUGAAAUAGUUGUUAGUUUCAUAGGUUGUAUACCUUCUCACACACACAUUUAGCACACCGUCUCCAGAAAGGCCAACACGAAUGGCCUAUUUUUGUCCCUUCACUUGUGUGCAAAUAUAUGCAAUAGAGUAAAUGCUUAGAUUUUAUGCAACUACUUGUGCAGCAAAGGAGGCAAACCACCUACGACAAAGCUCUCUGAUCGUAGGGCAUAUAAACGACAGAAGCAUACAACGAUGAAUGCUGCAGCUGAUUUUCUAGUUGGUUCAGAUGAUGGCCGUGAAAAGCUACUGGCUGCUGCAAGUGCUGUUGCUAACACUGCUCAAGCCCUUUCGAGCUCAUUCUGGAAGCAAAUGGAGCAACUUUUUCAUUUUAUAUCUGAAAUAGACACGACAGUUCUGAGGCAGCAGCUGGGAGAUCUAAAGUUUGGUUCUUGGAUUGAGUCAUUCAUUCAUGAAACUGGAAUUCAACUGGAUGACUACUUGACCAUCAGUUUGAUCGACCUUUAUGCAAAAUGUGGAAGUAUUGAUAAAGCUUACAAGCUGUUCCGCGGCUUGAAAAAGAAAGAUUUGGCAGGAUAUACUGCCAUGAUACUGUGAUGUGGAAUAAAUGGUAGGGCUAAUGAUGCCAUCGUGUUGUUCGACGAGAUGAUGAAUGCUGAAACACAAUUUGCUUCAAUAGAAAAUUACUUGAUGAAGAUCGCCCUUAAUUGGAGGUAUGUUUUCAUUUCUAAUGUACAGAAUAUAAUCAUAGUUCAAAAUUAUCGAGUUCAAAAUAAUGAGUUUGAAGUGUCUAACAUUGUUGAAUCUCAUAGGUCUGCUUUACUGAAUUUGAUAGAACUCGCUGGUUUAACUUAUCUUUGAUUAUUUGUCUGAAAUUCUGGUUCGUAUCGGGAAGCACUCCACUUCAACGAAAAGGUGUUUUGGUGGCAAUUAUAUAGAGGCAAUAGUAAACUGCCACUAAUUCAUUCACGGAAGACAAAACGUACCGGCCAAUGAAUAUUAUCCUGCAAUAACUACAUCGUUAGUGAUAAUUCGAGAGAAUAGCCGGUAAAGGAUGGAUCAGGAGUUUUAAUAAGCUUAAUGCCCAAUUAUUAGAUUGAUGAUGAUGUAGCGGGAAGCAUAAUAUAUAGUUCUUUACAGGUACUUGAGGUUAAUAUGACAACAUUUAAUCAAACUAAUCCAUCUUCUCAUAUAUUAGAUCGAGCAUAUUCCUCACUUCCGCAACGACCUGAUUUGCGUCUCAUUCUGAUGAGUGCUACUAUUAACGAUGGGUUGUUCUCCAAAUACUUCAGAGAUGCAGCCACGAUUCAUAUACCGGUACUGCAUUUUACUCUUAUGUAAAGGCAAAUCUAAUAUAAUAGUCUGCGACUAAAUUUCUUAGGCUUAAUUUUCCAGGGUUUGACAUAUCCAGUGGCAGAGGUGUUUCUUGAUAAUGUUUAAUGCUUUAUUUGUUGUUCAGAAUAUAUUGGAUAAUGUAUACAUGUUAGUUGCUUAUAGAUAUAUGCUUCUCUUCUUCUCA